CAGAGCAAAACACACUUUUCCUCCAACAAACAGAGUCCAGCAUGGAGCUGGAUGGAGCAUUACAGCAGGUGGAGUGAAGGAUGGAGGGGUCUGCUCCGUGUGCACGAACGUAUCUGGGUGUUUGGAUGGUUUCUGCAGCAGCAGUCGUCUGUAUGAGGAGGAAAUGGAGCGGAGGAGGUAACCCUGUGGAGUCAGAAACGAGGAGAUCCUGCAGUUAAAAGUCAAGAUGGAGACGUCCAGGUACAGGUACAAACAGAUCACGCUAAGAUCACACACAUGAUCACACACACCUCAGUGGAGCCGAGCCAGUGCAGACAGAGAGGGAACAAGCUUCGGGAAAGGAAGAGUCUGCAGAUUCAUGCUUUCACAGGGUUUGACCUGCAAAUUGUUUGUUUAAAAUGUGGUGAAAAUUAGUCUUUAUGAUGUUUGUGGAGUUUGGUUGUUACCUGAUGAAACACAGUAUCACUGUUAUAUCUGUUAUUUCAAAACAGUCACACACUCUUCAUUCUGUCAUGAAGCUACAUAAAUAUAACACUUAUUUUAGAUAGCUGGACACGUUAAACAAAAGACAAAGGUUUGGUUUUCUAAUACUAAACAUCACAUUAAACAAGCUGAUUUUGGCUCUGCAGAGCGUAAACAUCUGUCAAAGACAUUUUUCUAAAUAUAUCACUCUGUUUUUUCAUCUUCAGAAGGUUUUCUGUAUUUUACAAAAAUUGGAAGAUCUACCAGAGGUCAAUAAAGGCCGGAGUCAGUCCAGGAAUUAAAAUGUUGAAACCCAAUAAAAGAUCUGAGUCCUAAAAUUCUGUCCCUGCAUUUAUCAAACCUUACUGAUCUUUGCAGACACAGAGAUUGACUUUGACGUUAGUUUUCUUCCCGUAAUUUAAUAUUUCUCUGUCUUUAGUCGAUGUUCUUGCAGAAUUACUCUUCUUGGAGAAAGAGUCUGCCCUGAUGUUAAGUCUCUUGUAUUGCUCUAAAACACAGGGUGCUUUUAAUCACACUAAUUUAAACUUCCUCGUGUCCUGUCGUCUCCUCUGACCCAAUCAGCACCUCCACCAUCAUGGAUGGUAAAACUGCAGCCACGUGGAUGGUAAAGAAUCAUAAUAACUGCUCACACAAAUGAUGUAUGAUGGGAGAUUUUUGAUCAUUUCUAAUACACAAAUAUUUCAGAUCUCAUUCUGGCUGAGGCUGGUGCUGACAGAUAUCAGAGUGAAUCUUCAGGCGUUUAAUGACCUUUUAAAAAGCUGGAAUUUAUAUUUCAGCUUCACACUGAGGUCUUCUUCUGAAAUGAAUACUUUAUCCUGUGAUUUUACUUUUUUAAAAAGAAAAAUCUAAUAAAAUCUUUAAAAACCAAUAUCUCACAAAUCACAGAAACAUUUUGCAGAAUAAAAAAUAUUUUAAAAAAUUUUGAUAAAUCACAAAAAAACUGGAUUAUGAUAAAAUUAUUCUACAAAGAUAAAAAUUCACAAGAUUUCACACAGAAAUCAUGAGUAACAUUUAACAAAACACAGAAUGAUUUUCAUAAAAAUAGCUUUUUAACAUACAAAAAUUGUUCAAAAAAUAAUAAAAUAAUAAAAAAAUAAUGUUCAUGCACAAAAUGGAGGGUAGCGUCAGUUGUUUUCAUUAAAAAAUCCCGGCUUGCUGUUGACAACAAUGGCUGCAUUUUGUUUUUUUUUAAAUCUCCCAAUCUGGAGGGCAUUUUUAAAAGUUACCAUUUUCUUUAUCACAAGAAAAUGAUCCCUGUUAUGUCAGGAUAAUGAAAAAAAAAUCAUCAUCACAAGAAAACAAACUUUGUUACAUUCAAGUUAGAUAUAAUGCAUUUUUAUCAUGAGAUAACAGUGCAUACAAAAAAAAAAAAAAAGAAAGAAAACCCCAUGACAUUUCUUGUCUUCCAUAGCUAUAUCUCAGGAAAUCUUUGAUUAUUUUCUCUGAGUGGAUUUUUUUUUUCACAAACUGUUUUUAUUUUUAAAACUCAGUAUAAACGGAUUUAAUGUUUGUGUCUAUCUGAGUGUCUGUGAACGCUCAGUGGUAGGUUUGUACUGUCGGGGCCACCGUAGACCUGGAGCAGUCAGCUCUGUCUGUUGGCUGUAAUGUGUCUGAGCGCCUCCAGGGGGAGCCUGCAGACUGUUGCGCCUCCCGAUGGGAGGAGAAGGGGAGGAGGGGUGAGGAGGGGCUGUGAGGCUUUGUUAUGAUAGUAAAGGCUGAACUCGGUCAGCGGUUUCUCCUCACCGGGUCACGUUUCUGCUCUCAGAGGAGUUUGAGUCCGGAGCGGAGAGAGGAGGCGGACAAGAGCGGAGAGCCUGCAGGAGGAGGAAGAAAAAGAAGAAGAGGAGGAGGAGAAGAUCUGCAGGAAUGUAAGCUCCCUUUUUUCUGUUUCUCAUUGAAACAGCAGAGAGAAACAUGUCUGUGUGUCUCAGGGAUGAACUGACGGCUGUUUGACCGCAGAGUCCUGUUGCACAACCAGAAAAUGUUUCCUCAACACGAAGAAUGAAGCUCGGAGCGGCUUUAAAAACACGAUCUGAAAAAUGAUGGAGUUUUGUUGAUUUUCUGUGAGAGCUGCAGAGGUCAGGGCUGAACUCUGGACUCCACGUGUUUGAUCAGAUCUGACUUUUCAAACUGAACAAACAGCUCUGAUCAUGUGGGGACUGCGCAGGUCUGCUGCUCCCUGCACACACACACACACACACACUGAGCUUACGCUGAAGUACAAACAGACACAAAGCCUACAGGGCUAAAGAUAAUCACACCCACACACAUGUUGAAUGGAGCAGAUCUUCAUGAGUGACAGAAAUGUGCAGAAAAUCAAGAUUAAACACAAGUUACCUCUCGUGUGUGUGUGCAUGUGUGUGUGUGAUCUGCAGAUUUCUCUCUUCCGUUUAACCUUUUCUCCUGGUUUAGCUCUUUCACUGUCAUGCAUACAGACUCUGGGCCUCUUCCAGAGACCAUCUCAGAGUGGUUUCUGUUUGUGUGAGUGUUGUUUUGACUGAAGCAUCUUGAACCUCAGGUCACACUAAAUCCAAAAGUCUUUUUUUUUUCUCUUGGUAUGUUGAAUCUGGUCCAGACUCUAAUGGGCUCUUCCUGGGUCCAGUUUAUCUGCUCAGGAUUGGAUAAUCUGAAAACAGACAAACGGAGGCAGUGAUAGACGGCAGAUCUGGGGUUAGUUUGCAUUGUCGGAUGCAGAAGUGAAAGGGGAAGUUCAUUUGCGAAACAAAGACUUUUUUUUUUCUUCUGAGCGUGCCGGUCUGAUGCAAACCUGGCUCUAAGUUUCUGGAUCAGUCCAGUUUUUACCCUCAGACCGUUCAUGUGUUUUUUUUUCUGCCUCAGAUCCAGUCAUGGUCGACCGUAGGAUCCAGAUCGUGUGGCUUCAGCUACGAUCCCUCCCCUCCCGGCACGCUUCUCACAUCGUGGAUGAACAUCCGACUCAGUGACCUCUGACUUCUGACCCUAAAUGUAACUGAAAUCUGCCGUGAUGGGGAUCCUCAGCCUGCUGAGCCUCUCUGUGGUCCUGCUGAACUUCUUGAGCCCAUCUGAAACCGGACCGACCCCCAGAGUCUCCUUUAGUUUGGGUGAGUAAAGAUGGAUGUUGUCUUGUCAGUUAUUCGGGGACAGGAAAUAAUCAACUGUUUGCCGAAAACACAGAGAACUGCAGGAUGUCUUAAUGACCUGAUGAGAUGUUUCCUGUUUCAGAGCUCAGUCUGUGGUUCAACGCAUGUUCACUGUCUGACUAUCUUUAGAGUACGUGAUAACAAGACCGCUCAUGAUACCCUGAUAAUCCAACACCAGCCAGUGUAAAACCACAGUAACAUUGUUCUCAAAACUCUGUUAUCCUCUUUUGCACAUAUAUGAUUUCUCACUUCUCCUUUUGCAAAUUCAAAUUUUGCACGUCUGGCAUUGCAGGAAAAUGUCACUUCUGUCACUUCACAUGUUGUGUAUCUUUAUAGAAUAUGAAUACAUUGAAUAUUUAACAGUCAGUUGCAACAACAUCUAUUUUUACAAAUCUGAGUGUUUUUUAUUGUGCAUGUUAAUUUUUCUCAUUUUCAAUUCCAUAUUUCUUUUCUGUGCUUAGUUUCUCCUCCAUUUCUUUAUCCCUCUGUUUUUUAUGGACUCUGAUGUCUCUCCGUAAAGCUGCUGCUGAUGUUUUUGCAGAUGUUUUUUUCUCACCGUGAGCUUGUAACAGCUCAGGGUGUUGAUUGUCGUGUACGUUCAAAUAUCCUGACCCUACAUGUUCCUUGACGUGUCAACUAACAGGAAGUCCCGGGAGAUUUCUGACCCGCUUCAGCAGCCCUGACGUCAGUAACACCACCACCCUUCUGCUCAGCGAGGAUGGAGACGUGCUGUAUGUGGGAUCCAGGGACGCCGUGUUAGCUCUGGAUGUUAGCCACCAGGAUGCGAUCACGCUGAAGGGAAAGGUGGGGCAACGACAGAUGGAGUAACCUUAGUUUAUCCAAGAAAACACCAUCAGCUGCUUCUUUCACUUGAAUAAACUUCACCUGUUUCCCUUUAGCUGGACUGGAGCCCCUCAGAGAAAGACCUGGAACAAUGCUCGAUGAAGGGGAAAAAAAUGGUGAGUGAAUAAUUCAUCCUGAUAACUUAGAAUAAUUCAAACUACAGGCACAAAGUUACAUUCAGGAAACCAACAGAUUGUGCGUACACAAACUUAAAAACAUGAACAGGUGUCCUCAGAGUUGAAGUCUCUCUGCAGCAGCACCAAGCCGAUCCUCAAUAAACUCUUACUUUAAAUGUGCAAAUGGUCUACUUUGAUAAUUGCACGUAAAAUAAAGCAUGCUGCUAUUUGAAAUGUGAAUGCAGCUUGAAUGAGUCAUUUUUUUUGUGUGAGUUCUGACAGUGCAGACGUCUGUUCAGUGAUGUAACUCCUGUAUAUCAGAGCUGAAUCCAAAGUUCCGCUGCAGACUCUCUCUCUCUCUCUCUCUCUCUCUCUCUCUCUCUCUCUCUCUCUCUCUCUCUCUCUCUCUCUCUCUCUCUCUCUCCAUUUAGUGAACUUUUGUCUCUCAGUUAUGUAACCAGACGUCUGUUUGUUGUUUCACAGUCCGACUGUCCGAACUUUAUCCGAGUCCUGCAGUUCUUGAACAGCAGCCACAUCUACGCCUGCGGGACGUUUGCCUUCAGUCCACGCUGCACCUACAUCGUAUGUUUGUUUGCACACACGUGCAGACUGAUCCCUGACUGUUCACUCAUUCAGAAUUUUAACAGAUGAAAAGUAUCGACUCUGAGCUUUCACUGAGACAUGAGUCUGACUUUAUCAUCUCUGUGCAGAAUUCAGAGACGUUAACAAUGAGCCUGAAGCCUGACGAAGGCCGAGGUCGCUGCCCGUAUGACCCCUACCAACGAAACACCGCCAUCAUCGUAGGUGAGGAUUUUAUGUUUUCAGUCACUUAAUGCAUCAGAUUUUGGCUGCCAGUUUGCACCUACGACGGCUCCAACCACAUCCACACAACACUCACAAUCAUACACCAGUGGAGGACACACACUGGGAGCAAGGUGAGUUAAGUGUCUUGCCCAAGGACACAAUGGCCAGACUAGGAAUAGGGUGGGGAUCGAACCGCCAACCGGUCAUUGGUCUACCUCCUGAGCUACUGCCACCAACCUUAGGAAACCUUGAAAUCCUGAGUCUGGAUUUUUCAGGGGCAUUCAUAGAUCUUCUGUCUCUAAAUUGUUCCUGGUGGUAUCUUGUAGAUCCUGGGUCACUGCUUCAUAUUAAAGAAAUGUUUUCGUGUUUUAGGUCUUUUCUUGAAGAAAGUUUCCUCUCUUUAUAUUUGACCAUCGCCCCCGGAACUAAAGCCUUUUUCUCCCUCAGAUGGAGAGCUGUACACCGGGACGGUUGCUGACUACAGAGGAAACAGACCUGUGAUCUCCAGACACCUGAGCGAGGGCAGACGAGUCGACCUGAAGCUGGAUGACACGUUAGGAUGGCUGGAGGGUCAGUGUGCAGAUUCUUCGAGUUAUUUAGUGAUCAAAGGAAAAACUAGUUUAGGCCACAGCAUCAGGACUCUUGGUGCUCUUACAGGUGAAUUUUCACAAACUAACAUCUCUGACAUCCUGUCUCUGUAGAUCCGACCUUCAUCAGUUCCACUGUUGUUCCCGAUGAGGAGAAGAUCUACUUCUUCUUCAGUGAAGUGGGCAGAGAGUAUGACUUCAUCGACAAAUUCAUCGUCUCUCGAGUCUCCCAGAUCUGCAUGGUGAGAAAAAAGUGAAAAGACUCCAGAACCUGGUCUGCUGGCUUCUCUAAGGUUUGCAGAGGGUUGGAGAAAGAAGAGCGGAGGACACACAAUGAGAAACAUGAAUUUGGAACUACUUUAUACAAACAUGUUAGUGCGUGACAUUGUAAUGAGUGUGUUGAGGAUUGUCCAUCCAUCAGAAUCUGUCUCAUCUACUUUGUGUCUGAACAGUUUUGGAGUCGUUUGUUCUUCUGGCUCUUCUUUGCUGUUCCUGCUGAGUUUCAUCCUCGCCUCUGAAAUGUAAAAGUCUUUAAAUCCUGUAAGAGGUUUUCUUUAAGGAGCAUAGAUGGAGCUGGUUAAAAUCUGAUGUACACUCUUGGUUUAAUUCACAGCUCUGUUGUUCAGACUUAAACUGGCCUUUUUCCAGGUUGAUAGUUUGUGACACUAAAAGAAGUCUGAAUCAGCUACAUGUUAGGAGGAAAUCCCCCCCGAGUCAUGUUUAUAAAAUCAGAGCAGCCUAUAAUCCAGAGACUGUGCAUGUAUGUGGAGCUAAAGGAAAGAGCUGUAUAAUUUUAACCUGGGCUUCAACUCUCAGGUGAGCAUGACCCGAAGGACAGACUAAUCCACUUGAUGUGUCUGACUCACAUGGAAAACUUCCAGAGUGGAGAGAGUCUACACACACACACACACACACACACACACUCAGAGUUUUAAAUGGAUGUUGCUGACUCAGCUCCAAACUCAGAUCAGCUUCGGAGAAACAUCAGGACAGUUUGUGAACCCAGUCAGUCGUGACAGCCACCAAACACUGAGUCAUCCCCUGAGUCAGUGUGUUAAGGUGUUGUGUCUCUGUCUCUCUUGGGAUGGAGGUGUGUGUUUGUGUGUGGGGGGAGGGUCUCGCUGUGAUAAAGCAGAUUUAGUCAAACUUUGUGUUUUUUGCUCUUUUGUUCAUCAGAGUGACAUCGGGGGUCAGCGGACUCUUCAGAAACGCUGGACCACAUUCGCUAAAGCUCAGCUGCUGUGUCAGGCCGACAAUGAGCUGCCGUACAACGUCAUCCAGGACAUCGACACCCUCCUGCCAGCAGAGGGCGCUCCUGCAGACGACACGCUCUUCUAUGGCAUCUUCACCUCCCAGUGGUCAGUCAGCUACACAGCUGUUACACCAACUAUGUAGAAACACCAGACAGACUUGUGUUUGAAUGUGAAACAUCUGCAGCUCAGUCCUGAAGGUGUCUCGGUCAAAGGUCAAGUUUCUGUCCCUGACAGGCUCAGAGUAUGAGCAGUAUUUGGUGGAUGGAUUUAUUCAAAGAUCCCAGAAUAAUCUUAGUCAUACCCGUUAAAAAUCAGCUGACCGAGGCGCUGAUUGCCCCUCUGAAAACAUCAGACUCUUUAAACCUUCAGAUCAGACUGAAUGAGUCUCAACAUCCUGUGGACUUUAACGUCUGUCUUUAUUUUUCCAGGUCUGUGAACUCUGGUCGCUCAGCCAUCUGCUCCUUCCGUCUCAGCGACAUCAAAUCAGUUUUCUCUGGGAACUACAAAGUCCUGAACCGGGACACUUUACAGUGGAGCACACGGGUUCAGGAGAAGGUCGCCAACCCUGGAGAGGUAAUGAUUCCCUCUGACUUAAAGCAAGAAAGAGGCUGAAACACAGGAGACACUGAGUAAUGAGGACUUAAGAGUAUAACAGGCUGAGUUCAUCUUCCAGUUUUUAGAGGAAACUUCUGUUGACCCGGUUUUCUGAAGUUCAGACCUUCUUCAUGUUUGGUCCAUUUCUGUCUGUAAAGGCAGACUCAAAGAGAGUGGAGCUCUUCGAUUUUAAAACUCCUAACCUGAGUUCAAACCAGCGUCCUUAACCAAACCGUUUAGUCUGAGUUUGAAACUCUCUGCCUUUACUUGGAAGAAGGGUCUGCUAAUUAUUCAAAGGUGUGACUCAGCAAGAUUCAGACCAAUCUGGUGUCCUCUGUGAUUAGAGUCAGGUGAUUCUGCAGGCGGGUGAUCAUUAGCAUGGCUGAUAACUUCCUGUCUGUUAAACGAGUCAGUGCAGAUCAAUCAAUUUACUGAUUGAGACUGUCAUCCUAUCUAGUGUGGUCUUCACAACGCAUCCGAUAACGCCCUCCGCUUCGUCAAAGAGAACUUCCUGGCGGACGACAGCGUGCGGCCGGUGGGGAGGACACUGACCAUGGUGUCACCCGAGCACAGGUACAGUCACCUGAGCGUGCAGAGAGUCCAGGCUGCGAACCACCGAGACUACACCGUCCUGUUCCUGCUCACAGGUGAGCUCAGCUGACAAAGUUCAGAAGUUUAAAGUUUGGCAAAACUCGCCGCUAGUUCGUUAAAAUCUUCACCUCUGCAUCCAAACUGAAGGAGUAAAGAGGACACGCCUCCUGUUGUGUUGUUGUGACCUGCUGUAACGCUCCUGGGUCUUAUUACUGUGUUUUUGAGGUCACCAGGGGGCGCUUAUGGGCAUUCAUGCUGGACUAAAACAUUAGGACUCAUAGAUGUUUCCAUGUUACGCUACGUAGUAUUGUUCACGGAGGAUGUUUAAACCCCAGUCCUGAGUUAACCCAGGUUCCUGGUCCUCCCUUUGUUUAACCCUGACCUCUGUGUCGUUUUGUCCCUCUGUGUUCAGAGUCCGGUUACCUGCACAAAGCCGUGCUGCUGCAGAGUGGCGCCCACAUCAUAGAGGAGGUUCAGGUGUUCGAGCAGCUGCAGCCUGUCAAGAGUCUGAAGCUCUCCAUCCCACAGGUACAAGAGUCUGAAUUAAGCAGCAACAAAUAUGAAUAAUCUAACAGUCCAUAAGCAUGCUCAGUCUGACCCACCAGGCUGGAUCACAAAGGUGUGUUUUGAUCGAUUUGUGUAAUUUAGUUAGGGUGACCAUAUUCUGACUUCCCAUAAAGAGGACACGACCACGUGGGGGCGGAGUUGCGAAGUCGCACAAAGUUAAUUUUGAGUUUUUUGGGUCGGAUCGAGUGUCUUUUACGAGCUUCUAACUCAGUUAAUCCAUGUGACACAAAAUCGAAACUUACAUACAAAACCGCAGACAUUUGAAGGAUUUUAUCAACUUCCCCGGACAAACCCGAACAGCCCCCAAAAAAGAGGACAUGUCCGGGUAAAAGAGGACAUAUGGUCACCCUAAAUUAGUGGCAUUUCAAUUGUUACAAAAACAACAAUGAUCUCAGAGGAAGGUUGUGGUUAGAGUGGUCUGAAUGCAACACAUACAGGUCAGGUCUUUGGUCUUCUCUUCUCUGGUUAAGCGUUUUUCUCAGACAUGGUGCUGACACACCGAUCACACAGCUGCUCUCACCUCCUUCAAACACUGUCAAAAAAGAGAAGUGUGAAACAGUCUGCUAGUCACAGGAAGUCUGUCUCUGCUCCUUCCUGCUUCUCUGACCUAAUUUAAUCUGGUUCAGUUCACUGACACAAAAACUUUUGAAACUCUGACAUUCUAAAACACUAUAACCCUUAAAACUCUAAAAGGUUUAAACUCUCAAAGGCUUACACUCUGAAACCAUAAAACUGAAACUUUGAUCUCUAAAACUCUUAAACCAGAAGUCUGAAAAUUUGAUCUCUGACAAAUUAACAGACAAUAUCUUAUUAUUCUACACUUGGAACAAAGUAGAAACCUGGAAUAUUAAUCUCAGUCAGAGUGUAAAACUCUAAAAGUGUUUGUUUGUUUGUUGCAGUGCAGUGAUCUUUAGAAAUCCCACUUGCUUCGCAUCAACACUAAGUAGUGACAGUCUCAUGGUUGUCAGGGUGUAGUUUCAGGCCCCACGGACUUCCUGUCACUCAGGUGUUCAGGAUUAUUCCCCGAGUUCGUUUACAGAGAGCCGAGAAACCCAUCAGAGUCAGCCCCCUCUCUGAUUUGUCUUUUUCCAACAACAGAAUUUAAAGUUUGUGCUUCUGGUGGUUCAUAGAAAACUCAUAUCUAACUCUGAGUGUGUUCACCUGCAGGGUGUGAUCUACGUGGGCACGUCAGAGGGGGUGGUGAGGAUCCCCACUUCCAACUGUUCGGUGUACUGGACCUGUCCUCAGUGUAUCCUGGCCCGAGACCCGUUCUGUGGCUGGGAGCCGAACAGCCGAGUCUGUGUUGAGGUCAAAUCCACAAAGAUCCCCCUGUGAGUGCCACUGUCUCCUGUUAUUAUUAACUCAGAGAUAUUUCUUACUGUGUUCAAGUAGCAAUGCUGAUCUACCUGUGCAGGGAUGACAACAUCUCAAUAGUUUUGACUCUUUUCCUAAUUGUUUAGUGUUUCUUUGCUGCCAUUUGCUUAUUAUGUGCCAUCCAACUAUAUCUACUCUGAUCCAGGGUUUAGGAGAGAAUUCAUACUGUUAAUACUGCAGUCAAAGUUACUCUAAAAUGCCGUAAACUUUCUCUUAAGUUGAACAAAAGCUGAGCUAAAAUGCUCUGAAGUUCAUCUUAAAUUGCUCUGAAGUUGAUCUAAAGUGGAUCUUAACUGGUUCUGAAGUUGAAAAAAAGUUGAUCUGAAGUUGAUCUAAAAUUGCUCCAAAGUUGAUUUAAACUUGCUGUUAAGUUGAGCUAAACUUGCAAUGAAGUUGAUCUAAAAUUGCUCUGAAGUUGAUCUUAAGUUGAGUUAAACUGGCUCUGAAGUUGAUUUAAAGUUUAUCUAGAAUUGCUCUGAAGUUGAACAAAAGUUGAUCUAAACUUGCGCUUGAGUUAAACUUGCUAUGAAGUUGAUCUAAAAUUGCUCUGAACUUCCUCUUAAGUUGAGCUAAACUUGCCAUGAAGUUGAUCUAAACUUGCUCUGAACUUCCUCUUAAGUUGAGUUAAACUUGCUAUGAAGUUGAUCUAAAAUUGCUCUGAAUUUAAACAAAGGUUGAUCUGAAGUGGCUCUGAAGUUGAACAAAAGUUGAUCUGAAGUUGAUCUUAAGUUUCUCCAAGGUUGAUCGAAAGUUGAUAUGAAGUUGCUCUGAAAGUUGCCCUAAAUUUUGGUGCUCUCUGACUGUCUUUUGUCUCAGGGUUCAGGACGUGGACAGGGGGAACGUGGAGGAGGCGUGCAGCAGCGUGUCUCUAACACACAGAUCCAGAUUCAGCUCCACCAAACUCAGUGCAGGUGAGAUUCACUUUUACCUGCUGCUCUGACAGCUCUGACCUCUGGAGCUGUAAUGUGGUGUGCUGCACAGCUCUGUUACAGCCAGAAAGACUCCCCCCCUGAGUUAUCAAAUUAUUUCACAAAACCAACAAUAUUUAAGGAAAUGUUUAACCAGUUUGUGAAAGUAUUUCAUGAGAGAGAUUUUCACUACUGGACUAGUGGUGAUGAUGUAAUCUGUAUGUCAGCCUUAUGUCCUGCAGGUGAACUGGUCUCAGUCUCUCUGAACGAGGUGGUCCGGCUGCAGUGUCCCCCAUCUUCCCGUCUGUCCCAGCAGCAGUGGGAGCGUCCAAACAGCCGUCUGUCCCCAGACCUGUACCUGCACCUGGAGGAUGGCAGCCUAAGCUUCGUGGCCACGCCCACCACGCUCGGUCACUACCUGUGCCUGUCAACGGAGAACAGCUUCCAACAGACCAUGGCCAUCUACCACGUCAAGCAGAAGAGCAGCAACCCCCCGCCCAGCUCACACCCCAUCACACAGGCAGGGGGCCGUCUGGGGCCAAGACUGCUGACCUCUGAAGGGCCCCAGAGGACAGAGUCAGAGCCAGUACCAGAAGCAGAACAGGCAGAGCCCACACAGUCCAGUAAGAACCCUCAGACUCCCACCAGUGAGGCUAAAGACUCCCCUCGGUGGACGGAGGAGUCAGGACCCAGGGGGUCUGAGUUUGGGAAGGAGAGGCCCCUGAUGUGGUCUCGAGGCCCCUGUUAUCUAAAGGAGCUGGUGGUGGUGUCGGUGCUGUUGGUGCUGUGCAUCAGCCUGCUCAUCACUGUGCUGCUGUACGUCUUCAGACAGCGCUGCCGCAGCCGCACCACCAUCCAGGCGGGGACGCCGCCCAGGGACAGCGGGUCCCCCGUAGAGCAGGAGGCCCUCAGGGGCCACUGUGGGAGCAAACGUAAUGGAAAGGCCCUGCACAGUGGACAGGGAGGAAUGGUCUGUAAUGGGGCUCUAACGGGGUCUAACGGACAUUUACCCAACACCCCAAUCUGACUGUUACACUCACACUGUUAUACCUGAGAGACACCUGUUACCAUGGUGACUGACAGUCAGCAUAGUGUGAGCAGCCAAAGAGGCAGUACCACAAUUGAGGAGGACAGUGUUAAAAUGAUGAUGUACAUUCUUAAAGACUGAAACAGACAAACAAAGUCAUAGAGACACAUGAAGACACAAAGACACAAAUAGACAGAGACACAUAGACACAGCUGUAUCAUGACAGUCUGUAGUUUGUCUCUGUCUCUAAAUGUCUCGUAAUGUCCCUCACUGUCUUUGUUUGUCUUUAAAUGUCUCUGACUGUCUCUGUGUCUGUCUGUCUUUUCACUGUUGAAGCUUUAAAACACAGGAUGGAGCUUCUCCCCUACAGCUGAACUGUUUCUCUGAAGGGUCAGGGUCUGAUUCACUGACUGGAUUAAUACAUGACCGUCACAUCAUCCCCUCCUGCUGUACAACAGCAACUCAAAAAACGAUUGGGAUCCUGCUUCAUAAAACACAUUUUGAUGGUUUGCAAACCACAUAAAGCCAAUGUAUAAUUGAUAGCAAAGUAACAUCAGCAAAUCAAAAGGUGUUUGGAAAGGUGUAAACUCUUGGAGGAUUGUAGGUACUCAAUAGUCCAGGGUCUCCUUUGUCCUAUUUUUGGUGUCAUGAUGGUCCAAAUGUUUUCAAUGGGGGACAAGUCAGGACUGUAGGCAGGCCAGUUUAGCAGCAGGACUCUUCUACUACAGAGCCAUGCUGGUGUAAUCCCUGCAGAAUGUGGUUUGUCAUUGUCGUGCUGAAAUAUGAAGGUCUUCCCUGAAAAAGUCAUUUUCACUUGUUUUUCAGUCAUGUUGCUGCGUCAAAUUUAAAAUAAGCAGAUAGUACUUCAAUUUUAACAUUUGAUUUGUUAUCUUGCAUCAUUUCAAUGACCAUCGAAGUCUGUUUUUAUCAGCAUUCAUCUCUUAUUGAAUUAUUAAGGAGCCAAAACUUAAAACAGAAACAUGUCUGAGAAACAUUGAUUUGACCUGUUUGUUGAUUUAUGGUGAGACCAUUGUCCCAUCUGUUAACAUGGACAAGGCAGGUUUAAUACAAAUACUGCAGUCAGUCAGCAGGAUGAACUCUUAAUGAACUCCAAAUAUAUUUAUUUUAAGAAAGGUUUCAUUGUGUUCAUCGUUUUAUCCAGUCUAUGAUUUUAUUUAAAGCCAGGGACUGCUGCAGUGAUUAAUCCCUUAUAUUCUAAGAGAUCUUAUGAAACAAACUUGAUCAGAUAUCAUAGAUUUUUUAAAACUUUAUUAUGUGGAGGGAGAAGUGUAAGGGCCUGUUUUUAUCACUUAUUUUCAAAGUUGUUACACCAAACUCUCACUGAAAAUGUGUUGUUGUUUGCCAAAUAGAUUUUGUAAAACUAUGAUGAUGCCCUGAGUUAGUGAAGAAGGAUGUUUUAAAGAACCAAUGUUACAUCGAAGCCAAAAUACAAGUGUAAAAUGAAUGCAGUUCCCCUCUUGUCCACUAGAAGCUGUGUCCUGUAGUUAGCCAGUCCCUGUUGCAUCAGAAAUAAACAUCAUGCCAGCCUGAAACAAAAACUGUUU